AUGUGGGGGCACGGUGGGAGCCAUAGUGACGUGUCCUCUGGAGGUCGUGAAGACCCGUCUGCAGUCGUCCACCAUCAACUUCUAUAUGUCUGAGGUCCAGCUCAGCACUGUCAACGGGGCCAGUGUGGCCCGCAUGUCCCCCCCCGGCCCCCUGCCCUGCCUCAGGUUGAUCCUGAAGAAAGAGGGUUACCGCUCUCUCUUCAGGGGCCUGGGGCCAAACCUGGUGGGAGUGGCACCUUCUAGAGCAAUCUACUUUGCUGCUUACUCCACGGCCAAAGAGAAACUGAACGGUGUGUUUGAACCCGACUCCACGCAGGUACACAUGGUGUCGGCUGGAAUGGCAGCUUUUACAGCCAUCACAGCCACCAACCCCAUAUGGCUGAUAAAGACUCGUCUGCAGCUGGAUGCAAGGAAUCGGGGCGAGCGGAGGAUGAGUGCGUUCGAGUGCAUGCGGCGGGUGUAUCGGACGGACGGCCUGCGGGGUUUCUACAGAGGAAUGUCGGCUUCCUACGCCGGCAUCUCAGAGACUGUGAUCCACUUUGUGAUCUAUGAGAACAUCAAGCGGCGCCUCAUGGAGGCCAAGGCCACGCAGAACAUGGACGAGGAGGAGGAGACGUCCAAAGACGUGUCAGACUUCAUCGGGAUGAUGCUCGCUGCCGCCACCUCCAAAGCCUGCGCCACAACUUUAGCUUAUCCUCAUGAAGUGAUCCGCACCCGGCUACGGGAGGAGGGCACCAAGUAUAACUCCUUCUUCCAGACUUUAAGAACAGUGCCCAGAGAGGAGGGGUACCGCGCGCUGUACCGCGGCCUCACCACCCACCUGGUGCGACAGAUCCCCAACACGGCCAUCGUCAUCUCCACCUACGAGCUGGUGGUCUACCUCCUGAACGGUUAAAGCCUCUCCCCCUCCCAUACCUAGUACUCAUAACCCUGCCCCUGAUCGGAGACGAAAGCUGACUGCACCCCCGCCUGAAGAGGACAGAGACGGUGAUCUUUACCACUGACACAGGGCGGGGGGUCAAAAUACGUUUUAUAACCAAAGGGUCGAGGAGGAGGAUCCAGACGGUGGUCAUUGGUUCGGGGGUUUAUCUAAAGAAAUGGUUGUCCAAUUGUUUUAUUUUGAUUCCAUUCUGUUCUCCCUUCAGUCGUGCUUCUGGAAGACAGCUUGUUCUGCUUCUAACAAUACUAAUAAUAUAAAAAGAAGUAAUUCCAAUCCUUACUACCUAGCGGAUUUAACACCACCCCUUCUAGCAGCAAUUCAGUUCUUUUAAACAUUAGUAUUGUGCAGUGUUCCCCUGCGAUCAUCAGAGAGUAGAAGACUGGAGACUGAGUUAAAGUACCUGACAGGUGGCUCUCAAGUUAGCGAAGGAGAAACCUGUGCCUAAGGCUUGUUGAGGGCAGACAAAGAGCGGGAGACGUGCCUUGUGUGAAGAUUUGGUAGAGUCGUACACUGGUUCUUUGAUUACAGGUCGUCAGCAUCUGAAAUAAUCUCAUACUCCCGCCACAUAACGCAGGAGUCGACGUGCAUUUACAGCUCUACACGAAAUAGCUUCAUCUUGAUUAUUUAUGGAAAUGAAAGUCCAAAAAUUACGUCUCUAAUUCAGCAUGUUUGUGUUAUCCCGGUGUAGAAGAAGAGUAACGUCUAAUGUUAAAUGGAGGGUCAAAAGUCCCCAAAUUCAACUACUGAAAUCAGAGGCAUGAGGAUGAGCUUCAUUAAAGCCAAGGAAGUAAAACACUGACCCAUGUUGUGGUGAAAAAUAAGUUCUAACAAAAUGUAAUGUUGAUAUAAAAAGUGAUCGUGUUGCAUUUGGCUCCCCAGAAGUGGCACAAUGCAAAAUGAGGAGAGCUGUUCUGUUGGUUGUUUCCUUCCCUCAAACAACGAGGUGUUGUUCUUACAGCACUGUCAACGUCUUGCUCUACAAUCCUCAUCUCAUAUUCCCUCAUGUAGUUUUACAGGCGAGGGACAAUCCUCUUCAGUUUACUCUGGAAACUUGUUGUGCUUGUGAGUGGAGGAAGUGGCCAGGAAAACGCUUCAUGAGCGCACACUAAUUUACCGCAGACCAGUGUAUACAAAAAGAAAGAAGAAGAGUUACUGUUUGUUCAUUUCCCCCCUUAUUCCAUUGUUGUUUAAGAAACACGUGAACUGCAUUACUACCAAUUUUAAAACGUCAGUGUUGUGUACUUUGUCAUGACAUGGAAAGAUACUUGCUUUCUUGUUUUUUAUUUUUAACAGUAUUCUGCUGUCCCAACAUCUAUCCUAGUCAGCAUAUACGUAACCUUUCCUAAGUGAUCACAUGACACGAGAAGCUAGCCUGCAUUUCCAGCACAGCAGCAUGGCUUAGCACACAUGCUAACCCUUCAACAGCUGCAGUGCACGAUCCAAACACUUCCUGCUUAAUAUGUCAGUCACAGUGCGGUGAAAUAUGCAGAUAAUUUUGUCGCGAGGCCGCCAUUGUGCUUCAGAUUACAUAGAACUGCACCCGAUGCUUCUCCACUGGAAAUAUAGAUCUUUCAUUUGAAGACUUUUCAGUUUUACGACACGCGUUAGAUUAGCCUCAUUGUGCAAAUCUUAUCAGAGGUGUUUGACACUGUGCCACGAACACACACUGAAAUAUAAACAGGACGCAUAUUUGAUUUCACUCAUCAGGUUAAAUGGUCAAUUGGCUCUCAUUCACAAAAAUAUUGAGUGCCUGUUUGGCUAAAUCUCUUUCACUUGUGUGUUUCUGAUGCAUCGUUACCUGCGUCAUGAUUUAUUUUGCACCUGUUUGCAUUGUGUGCCAGUAAGUGUGUGUGUGUUCCAUGUGUGUUUGCUCAAAUGACAAUCGUAUGUCAUUCUGUCGUGUCUUGUCGUGUAAAUGAGACAAUGGGAGUAUGUAUGCGUUCAGAAGAAUAGCAGCAAACAGUGUUGUUUUUAUCUUUUUAAAAGAAAUCGUUGCCUUUUCCUGACGCCCUUCUUUCUCUCCGUGUUGUCUUCGAUGAGCCGUCUGUGCGUGUGGCUCGGCCUAUGCAUUCUGUCGUACCUGUUUUUGUAAAACAAAAAGCCAAUAAAAAGGAAAAAGUGCAAAUAUAA